UCUGUGUUUGCUUUUGUGUGGGGGGGUACUUAACAAUUAUUAACUAGUUCUGAUCUGAUUGAGAGGAUUUGUUCAGUUUUGUCAGAGAAUAUUACAAUUCCUGACAAAAUGUCUCUCAGGUGUCUUGUGUUUAUCCUAAUGUGGUGUCCCGCGGCUCUUCGUGCCCAAAGUGCGGCAGAGUCCUGCUCUGCUCCCCAAACGGAUGGAGGUUUUCUAGUGCCUGAACAGGAAACCUAUUUGCAUGGAAGCAGCCUCGCAUAUGCUUGCAACGACGGGUGGAAACCAGCAGUGGAGGGUUGGUGGGCCACCAGCUUGUGCCUGAACGGCUCAUGGUCUCACACACCACGAUGUAUUGAUGAAAGCAGCUGCCUCCCACCAGAUAUUCCCAAUGCAAAAUACACAGAAAGUAGUGAAGGCUGGUACCAGGAAGGAUGGGUACUUCGGAUAAAGUGUGAUGAAGGUUACCAACACAAAACGUGGGAAGCAACAGUCACAUGUAAAAAUGGAGCCUGGUCCUCCCUACAUGUUUGUGAGCGAAGUGGGAACGCUUGUAUGGUGCCACCUAAAAUCCCCCACGCUGUCAUCAUUCUUCAGAAGUACCAGGAGAUAUUUGCAGCAGACUCUGAGGUCCAAUUUGAAUGUGAAGAGGGAUACAGUGUCCAGCCAGCAGACACCAAGAAGUCCAUCUUUUGUUUAGCUGGAGGCUGGAGUGAAGCCCCAAACUGCACAAAAUCACAGGUACCAGACGUUGGGCAUGAUGGAGACACAUUGGAUAAGGUGACAAAACCUGUUGAUGCAAACAGAGGACGUGGGCGUGGUACUCAUACUGGUGGCUCCACAGUCGCUGAAACAGGAUCUGCGACAACUUCUGACAGGACCGACAGCACGAGCACACCUCUGGUGGUACAAGUCACCAACUGCGGAGCGUACCCACACAUUUCAAACGGCGAUGUCGUGAGAAAGAGUGCAAUGUUUAUCAAAUACGCGUGCAACGCUUUUUACAAAAGGGUUGGUCCUGACACCGUGGUGUGCUACAACGAUGGCACGUGGUCAGAAGUACCAACAUGCAAAGAAGCCUUUUGUGAAGUGGACCUGGAUGAGUAUGCAAACUACCACAUCAAAGAAUCUGGAACAAUAAUCCUAAAAGAAAGAGAGACCAGGGAUGUUCCGUGCAAGUGGCAGAACUGGAUCAGCCGCAUUCGGUGCACAAAGGGAAAAAUUAGCGUCAGCAGGUGUUGUCAUUACUUGGACUACUACUCCCGACUGUGUAACUAGUCCACGACCCCCCCCUCCCCCCCAAAAAAGACAAUAAAUCAAUAAAUACAAAAAUGACAAACGUCUUUAUUUUCUU